AUGAUCACUGGCAUCUACGGCAUCCUGCUGGCGGGCGCUGCCUAUGUGCCCUUGGAUGUGAAGUGGCCCGCCGACCGCAUCGCGGAGGUGGUAUCGCACGGAGCUGUCAGUGAGAUGCUGCAAACGCUCCCUGGGGCUACCGCUUCUCCCGCUUCUGGUGCGGCGCCGGUGUACUGCUUCUUCACCUCUGGCUCGACGGGAAAGCCAAAGGGCGUAGUCGUGCCCCACGCUGGGCUCGUGCACCGCGUUCGCUGGUUCCAGGCGCGGUACUGUAUGGCGGCGGGCGAGCCUCACCUCCUCAAGCACUCGUACACCUUCGGCCUCAGCGAGUGGGAGAUCUUUUGGACGCUGAGCUUCGGUGGUACUCUGGUCCUCCUCAAGCCCGAGGGCGAGAAGGACAUCGAGUAUCUGCACCGGUUGCUGUGCGUCCACCGCGUUCCCACCUCCGUGCUCGUGCCGUCGGUGCUACGGGCGCUGCUCGAGUAUGCGGUGCUCGAGGCGGGCGACGACGCCGGCGACGUCCUGCUGCCGCACCUUCGGCAGGUGAUCACGUGCGGCGAGGCACUGCCCUCGGACCUCGUCCACGCGCUCUUUGAUGCGUGCCCGCGCGUGAGGCUCGACAACCUGUAUGGCCCGACCGAGGGCGAGAUGACCGUCCACAAGUGCGAGCCCGGCAGAUUGCUGCAGGGCGGCGUCCCGAUCGGCGUGCCUAUCGCCGGCGCGGCGACUUACCUCCUCAACGUGGCAGGGGGCUUGGCGGGCAUCGGUGAGCCAGGGGAGCUGUUCUUCGGUGGUCCCUUCCUGGCGCUCGGCUACCUCGGCUCCCCCUCUCAGACGGCGCUCCGAUUCGUCUUCCACGCGAGCUUGGGCCGCCUCUAUGCCACCGGCGACCUCGCGCGGUGGAGCGAAGGUGGCGAGCUCGAAUUCCUCGGGCGCACUGACUUCCAGGUCAGGCGCCUCUUCCACCGCGAGGAGCAAGAGCCAUCCGUGAAUCCUUCCGGAAGCUUCUUGUAG